AUGGGCGACAAGAUCAACAGUAUCAGUGAUGAGGCCAAAGCCCUCGGGGAGAAGAACAAGGAGCACUUCGACCAAGUCGCCGCUGAAGUGUUCAAGCAUCCCUGGAUUCAGCGGUUAUGUAACCAGAUAUCCGACGAGUUACGCCAGAACCUGGACUGGAUUGGCAUUCCUGAGAGGCCUGAUGGUUCCAAAAUGCUCGAUUAUGCCUGUGGUAACGGCGUUGCUUCUCGUGCACUCGCCUCGAAUGUCUCCGUCGUCCGUGGCAUUGACAUCUCAUCCAAGAUGGUUGAGCAAUACAACAUGCUUGCAGAAGCUGCUGGAUUCAGUCCAGAGGAAAUGAGAGCCAUACACGGGGAUUUGAUGAACCCCGAAGCAUCGCCCUCUCCCGAGAUUGACACUCCAGAGUUCAAUGACUUCGAUCUCGUUGUCAUGUGCAUGGCUCUGCACCACGUACAAGACUACGCAGCUAUGAUUCAGAGACUGAGCGACAAGCUCCAUCCUGGUGGUGUGCUUUUAAUCAUUGAUCUGGUUGCAUCAUCAGAGAGCGGCCUCCCUGAAGCCCCAAGGACCAAAGAGUUGUCUAACCAUACCAUGUCGAAAAUGGGUUUUACAGAAAUGGAGGUCAAGACUGCAUUCGAGAAAGCUGGCUUGAGCGACUGGUCUUGGAGAUGGUGCUCUGAGAGAUCCCAGGUCCCUGAGGAGAUAGGUGGUGAGCAGCAAGGCUUUUUGGCCAGAGGCUUAACCAUGGGUAUGCCAUAUUCGAAACAAGUCCACGCGGCAUUUGACCAAGUCACGCCCCUCGUGGCCGCCGGAUUCGAAGUCCUCCGCACAACCAAAAACAUCGCUGUCUUUCUCGCCUUCCUCCAAGUGUUCAUAACACUCAUAUUAACUCUUACUCUAUUCGCGAUCCUUGCGGUAGUAUACUCUGUCAAUCCAGACUUGGAAGAGGAACGUCGUGCGCUGGUCACGCCGUGUAUGCAGUGGAUAGCGAGCUGGGUGCUGGAGUACGGAGCUUUGACGGCAUGGAUUUUAAAGAUCCUUGUGGUUGUCGGUACUGCUGGGCUAGGGAUAUUUAUAUGGCAGGGGUCUACGACCGAUGUCGUUCCGGAGGUUGAAGGCGAGGAUGAUGCACCCGAGGAUAUUGAGUAA